ACUGAUACAGUGCCAAACAAAUGAAAUAACAACUGCCACAAUCAACCACCUUAAUUUAUUUUUUAAUUGAAAUGCGAUUGAUCUUAAAAAUUCUUUUUAUAUCCAAAAUAAUUUUUUUUUCGGGGAAUUGAAUCAAAUCAGUUGUUUUUAAUUCAUUGAAUCAUCGAUUAAACAACAAAUAAAAACUAACCAGUUGAAUUCACCCCAUUCAAUCGCUACAUCAGGGUUUAUAAUAUUUUCUAUCAUCUUCUUUUCCCAUUUCCAAAUUUUCUUUCAUCUGCAAAAUAAUAUUCCUUAAAUAGUUACGCAUUUUUUUAUUCUUUUCUCUCCAAAAUUUCUGGAGUGAAAACCAUCAGACAGUAUGAUAUCCUUCGACAUUAGGGUCGUUUGGUUUCUUUUCCUUUUGAUUACUCGCUGGAGUUUCACUUAUGGCCAGGACUCCAAAAAUAAAUUCCGUGAACGAAGGGCCACGGACGACGAACUUGGUUAUCCCGAAAUGGAUGAAGAUGCCUUGUUGAACACACAAUGCCCCCGAAAUUUAGAACUUAGAUGGCAAACAGAGGUCAGCUCUAGCAUUUUUGCUACUCCGUUGAUCACAGAUAUCAAUAGUGACGGGAAGCUUGAUAUAGUAGUUCCCGCAUUUGUUCACUACCUAGAAGUUCUAGAAGGUUCUGAUGGCGACAAAAUGCCGGGUUGGCCUGCUUUUCACCAGUCAACCGUGCAUUCUAGUCCUCUCCUGUUUGAUAUUGAUAAUGAUGGUGUCACAGAAAUUGCUCUGGCUACCUACAAUGGCGAAGUACUUUUUUUCAGGAUUUCAGGCUACAUUAUGACUGAUAAAUUGUCAGUACCUCGUAGAAAAGUUCUUAAAGAUUGGUAUGUGGGAUUGCAUCCUGAUCCAGCGGACCGUUCUCAUCCAGAUGUUCAUGAUGAUUUGCUUUUGGAGGAGGCUUCUAAAAUGAAUGCAAUGAGCAAAAUAAAUGGAAAUGUACCUGAAUCUAACCUUACGGGUUUCGUACCAACAGAAAGUCACUCUAGCAAUGAUAACUUACCAAAUGCAGAGAAUGGAAACAAAGUAAAUGUAAGUCUAAAAGACAAUACAAUCAAGCUGCCAACUGGUGACGGUAAUUCUUCUUUAAACCCGGAAGCAGUGGGAAGCACUGAAGGACAUAAUGGAACAAGUCCUCAGAGACGACUUCUAGAAGGUAACUACUCAAAAGGUUCCCAGGAAGGUAGUUCUGAUUCAAAAGAGAAUGUUCAGGAAGCUACUGUGGAAAAUGAACAAGGGUUAGAAGCAGAUGCAGAUUCAUCUUUUGAGUUAUUCCGUGAUACUGAGGAGUUGGGCGAUGAGUAUACUUAUGAUUAUGAUGAUUAUAUUGAUGAAUCUAUGUGGGGAGAUGAAGAGUGGACUGAAGGAGAGCAUGAGAAAAGGGAGGAUUAUGUGAAUAUUGACUCACACAUCUUGUCUACUCCAGUCAUAGCAGACAUUGAUAAGGAUGGGGUGUCAGAAAUGAUUGUUGCUGUUUCCUACUUCUUUGACCAUGAGUAUUAUGACAACCCAGAGCAUAUGAAGGAACUUGGAGGUAUUGAUAUUGGAAAAUACGUUGCUUGUGGAAUUGUGGUAUUCAAUCUUUAUACAAGGCAGGUUAAGUGGACAAGAGACUUAGAUUUGAGUACAGAUACUGCCAACUUCCUAGCACAUAUAUAUUCUUCUCCCAAUGUUGUUGAUUUGGAUGGUGAUGGAAACUUGGACAUCCUUGUUGGAACUUCAUUUGGCUUGUUUUAUAUAUUGGAUCACCAUGGAAAUAUCAGAAAAAAGUUCCCUCUUGAAAUGGCGGAAAUCCAAAGUGUUGUAAUUGCAGCUGAUAUCAACGAUGAUGGCAAGAUCGAGCUAGUCACAACAGAUACACAUGGAAAUGUUGCUGCAUGGACUGCACAAGGGGAAGAAAUUUGGGAAACUCAUGUAAAGAGUCUGGUUCCCCAGGGUCCUGCUGUUGGUGAUGUUGAUGGAGAUGGCCACACAGAUCUUGUAGUUCCCACUCUCUCAGGGAAUAUUUUUGUUCUAAGCGGAAAGGAUGGUUCCAUUGUUCAUCCUUAUCCAUAUAGAACUCAUGGGCGAGUGAUGAAUCAAAUUCUUCUAGUUGACUUGAGUAAACGAGGGGAGAUAAGCAAGGGACUCACUAUUGUUACAACAUCCUUUGAUGGUUAUUUAUACCUGAUAGAUGGACCUACAUCGUGUGCUGAUGUUGUAGACAUUGGUGAAACUUCGUAUAGCAUGGUGUUAGCAGACAAUGUCGACGGUGGUGAUGAUCUAGAUCUUAUUGUUACAACUAUGAACGGAAAUGUGUUUUGCUUCUCAACCGCUUCCCCACAUCAUCCUCUCAAGGCAUGGAGAUCACUUAACCAAGGAAGAAACAAUGGUGCAAACCGGUACAACCGUGAGGGAAUAUAUGUUACACAUUCAUCAAGAGCUUUCCGCGAUGAGGAAGGCAAAAGCUUUUGGGUGGAGAUUGAGAUUGUGGAUAAACAUAGAUAUCCAUCAGGGUUCCAAGCACCUUACAAUGUCACAACAACAUUGUUAGUCCCUGGUAACUACCAAGGAGGAAGAAGGAUAACGCAAGGGCAGAUCUUUGAGCGUCCAGGAAAAUAUAAGAUAAAACUUCCAACAGUAGCGGUAAGGACUACAGGGACUGUUAUUGUGGAGAUGGUGGACAGGAAUGGACUCUAUUUCUCUGAUGACUUUUCCCUUACAUUCCAUUUGUAUUACUAUAAAUUACUGAAGUGGCUUCUCGUCAUCCCAAUGCUUGGUAUGUUUGGUGUGCUUGUCAUCCUUCGUCCCCAGGAGGCCGUGCCUCUGCCAUCAUUCUCCCGAAACACUGACUUGUAACAACCGCAAUUCAAGCUAUGGUAGAUGCACUUUAAUUCUUAGAUAGAUCCAACUAAAUUAGACAGCCAAGUUCCAAUUGGUUUUCUGCUACUCUAAGAACUUGGUCUUUUCCAACGUUUUGUUUUGAGUUCUUCAUAAAAGAGGUCGAAAAUUGUAACAUAGUCUGAGUUUUUGAGUUUUAUUUUUUUUAAAAAUAUGUUUAUUUUGAAAUUAGAUAGAUUGUUCAAUUUGGAAUUCUACUAAGAAAACAGGUUCUUCAAGAUUUGUUUUUUUGUAUGAUGAAUGCAUGUCUUCUCUAAGACACAAACGGAUCCUUAGAAGUAAAA